AUGGCCUCCCUCUCCACGGACCCGCUGCCGCUGACCCUGGCAGUGCUGGCGAUCACCGCGGCCACCACGGCCACCCCCAGUGCCACCAGUGCCACCAAUGCCACCCCCGUGGCGGUGCCCCUGGACUUGGUCCCCGACUCCUUCGAUGACCGGUACCGGGGCUGCGGCCGCGCCAUGGCCGCGGCGUUGCCGGCCCUGAACCGCUCCGAGCUGCGGCGGGACGGUCACUUCGCCGAGGCCUGGGCCUCUGGCCGCGGGCCGAGUGGCGCGUCCGGCCGUCCCCUGUGCCCCCCUCUGUCCCCAGCCCAGGCCAUGGCCCUGCUGGCCUACACGGCGCCGGUGCCGUUACACCGGAUAUUCAACGCCGCCGUGCGCACGGCCGGCCGCUCCCGCCAGGAAUACCGGGACAAUUUCCACUUCAAAACUCUGCAUUUCCUGCUGACCGACGCGCUGGCCGCGCUGAGGGCCGCACAGGGACCGCGGGAACGCGUGUUCCGGGGGGUGACCGGGGUCCGGUUCGAGGCGCGGCCGGGCCUCAGGUCCGGUUCGGUCACAUUCGCGUCGGCGUCGCUGCGGCGGAGAGCGCGCGGGGCUUCGGCAACGGACACGGCCUUCGAGGUGCGCACGUGCGAGGGCGCGGCCGUGCGCGAGUUCUCCUUCUUCCCGCACGAGGACGAGGUGCUGAUCCCGCCCUUCGAGACCUUCGAGGUCACCAAUGUCACCGAGGGCGGGGACACGGCAUGGAUCGAGCUGCGCCACGCCGGGACCUGGAGCAAGUACAACUGCGAGUGGCUGCGAGCAGAGCAGCGCUGUGGGGACAGGCCCUGCGUGUUCGACGCGGGCAGGACCAUCGCCCCCCUCGGACAGCUCCUCUUGGCCACUGCAGCCCUGGCGGUGACCACCGGGGUCCUCUAA